CUCUUGUUGGGGGGCGGCAGAAGAACCUCAGUUAACUAUAUUUUUAUUGAUUGGGGGGGCAGCUGCCCCUCCCUGCUUCCAAUUGACUAGGCUCAUGGAAGCUGAAUGUACCAGUAGGAAAAAUCAGGACAAAAGGAAGCACUUAUUCAUAAAGUGAAGUUAAACUGCCAAAUUGGCUCCUACAGUUUGUAGUGAUAGUAUAGCUGUAAUUGUAAAAGGCUUGGAUAAAUUCAUGGAGGAUAAGGCUGUGUUCUACCUCCACUGUAGGAGACAGUGAUGCUUCUGAAAGCCAGCGGCUAAAAACAGGCACCCCCAAACUCAGCCCUCCAGCUGUUUUGGGACUACAAUUCCCAUCAUCCCUGACCACUGGUCCUGUUAGCUAGGGAUGAUGGGAGUUGCAGUCCCAAAACAGUUGGAGGGCCGAGUUUGGGAAUGCCUGGCUAAAAACCACAGGAGGGAGGGAGAGUCCUUGUGCUCACAUCCUGCUUGCAGGCUUCCUGUGGGCAUCUGGUUGGCUGUCUGAAUAAUGGGGGUGGGGGUGUGUGGGCUAGACAGGACUUUGGUCUGAUCCAGCUUCAGGGCAGAAGUAUACCCAAGAGGCAGCUUUGGUCCCUAUAUGAGUCAGAAGCUGGUGGUGCCUAAGAAACUUGGUUGAAGGGUGGUUUAAAAAGUGUAUUAUCAUUACUCUCGCAGGAUCAAUGACAACAAAGAGUCUUGUGGAAUCGCCUUAAAGGCUACCUGUUUUGGCUUAAGCUUUAGUGGCUUGCAGCCUGUUUCAUCAGAUGCAGCCCAUUUUUCCGGUAUCCACAAUGUCCAAAGGCAGAAUGCUGGAGACAUGCUGUAACUUGCAAGGUUGAUGGGUGAGCUUUGCAGAGGAAUCUGCCUGGCCUCACCUUCUAGGAUCCAGGAUACUGGCCUGGAUGGCUCCCCCCAAAAAGACUGCUCCAGCCAGGCUCUUGAUCUAAGGGGGUGGGACUUCUGCAAUGAUCCUCAAUCUCCCUUCUGCUUUUGAAGGAAGAAAAGACUUUUAUUUUGCCUACAGCACUCACACUUUGGAACUCCAUGCCUAUCACAAUCAGGCAGGUGUCUUCAACUACUCUUUUGGGCACCUGCUAAAAUAUUUUUCUUUUGGCAAAUCUACCCAGACAUGCAGACUGUUGUAAUGUGCUUUAAUCUGGUGUUUUGCUUUGUUUUGAUUUUAGUUUAUCGUUUAUUUUAAUUAUUUUUGAAUAAUAUAGAUAGUAAUUUUAACUGGGUUUUUUUUUACUGAUAAUUUUAUUGUUUUAUCCUUUUUGUAAACCGCUUUCAAAUUUUAUUCCUAUCAGGCGAAUAUAUGUUGCCAAACCACCACCUUAUUUUCUCAUGUAAACCAACAAGCAAAUCUUAGAGAAAUGUGUCCGGAAUCCUUUGAAGAAUCCAACCGGUACGCCUGCUUGGUGUCCUUUCGCGACGGGGCGGACGAGAACCAGUAGGCGGCGCUGAGGAAGAGGAAAGACUUGUCUCUCCGUCGGCGAGCGGGCCGUCUAAAAAGCGGGAGCCGCAAGCAGCCCUCCUUAUCCCUACUGCUUUCCCUCGACGGCUCUCUUGGCGUAGUCAGGUCGAGAGAGAGGAAGCAAGCGGCGGCGGCACCGGGGAGAGGACUGUCGAAGGUCGCUGCCUCGUCGUGCGCUUCCAAGUCCUUGCCUCCUUCCGUGCUCCCAGGGGGCGGCUCCCUCCGGCCGGCCUCCUUAAGCACCCGCCCCACCGCGGCCGCCUAACUAGCCAGGCAGGCGGCGCUGCUCUUUUGCUCCAGGUGACCGUCCUGUCCGCGGCGCAUGGACUUCGACGGGCAGCUGCUGCGGCAGGUGGGCGGCUUCGGGAGGCGCGCCCGGCUCCUGGUUGCCGCCUCGUGGCUGCCCAACGUGCCGCUGGCGCUCGGCCUUGCCGCGGGGCUCCUGCUGGCCGCCACCCCGCAACACCGCUGCCGCCCGGACCCGGCGCUGCUGCCGCCCGAGCUGCGCAACGCCAGCGGGCCCGAGCUGCGCAACGCCUCCACCCCGCCCGGCACCCACUGCCUGCUCUAUCGCUACCCGCCGCCCGGGGGCGGCCUCGAGCCCAACGGGACCGGCCCUUGCACCCGCGGCUGGGAGUACGUCCUGCCUGAGGCCGGCCUCCUCUCCACCGUCGUGACGCAGUGGGACUUGGUUUGUGCCAACCACUGGCAGGUGCCCCUGGAGCAAACCACCCACCUUCUAGGGUGGCUGAUUGGUUACGUGGCCUUUGGAUCGGCCUGUGACAGGUUUGGCCGCCGGGCCACUUUCAUCUCCUCCUUGAUGCUAUCCAUCCCUCUGGGUAUUGCCGUGGCGCUGGCUGUGAAUUACGUUGUGUUUGUACUUACCCGGCUGCUCUUUGGGGCACUGCUGGCUGGCACCUUCCUCUCCCUCUAUGUUGCAAGGCUGGAGUUGUGUGACCCUCCGCACCGCCUGGCAGUCACCAUGGGCGCUGGUUUCUUCUGGGUGUCUGGGGAGCUGCUCUUGCCAGGGCUGGCGGUGGCUUGCAAGGAGUGGCGGCUACUCCAGGGGACAAUAGUGCUGGGACUCACUCUGCUGGCUGCCUGCUGGUGGUGUCCCGCCCUCUCCCCUGAGUCGGGCCGCUGGCUCUUGGCCACUCAGCAGCUUGAGGAAGGCAAGCAGGUUCUGCGCGAUUUAGCCGAGGGCAACGGAAUCCGCCUGGAGGAUGACUCCUACACUUGGGAGCACCUGUUUGCAGAGCUGGACAACCUGUCUGGAGGGGCCCCUCUGCCACAGUACCACAGCAUCUGCAAGAUCUUCCACACCCGGGUCAUUUGGAAGAACAGCCUUAUCCUGGGUUUCACUGCGUUCAUUGGGAGUGGGAUCCGCCACUCCUUCACCCGCAACUUGACCUCUUACGCACCAGGCUUCUACUUCCCCUACUUCCUGCUGGUGGCGAGUGAGGCCGUUGCGCUCCUCUUCCUGUGCCUGACCGUGGACCACUUUGGACGCCGCGCCGCCCUCCUGCUCAGCACCAUCCUGACGGGUGUUUCUUCGCUGCUGCUACUGGCCUUGACUCCGUACCUGAUGUCCUGGCUCAUUGUGCUGCUCUCUGUUCUGGGGAUCCUUGCGUCACAAGCUGUUUCCGCCCUCAGCGUCCUGUUUGCCGGCGAGGUGCUUCCCACCGUGGUCAGGGGUGCUGGGUUGGGCCUCAUCCUGGCUGCUGGCUUGGUGGGCCAGGCAACCACUCCACUCAUGGAGAUCCACAACAGCCAUGGCUUCUUCCUCCACCAUGUGAUCUUCGCCUCCUUCGCCAUCCUGUCAGUGCUGAGCAUCAUGCUCCUCCCGGAGAGCACUAGCAGGCCCCUGCCGGACUCUCUGCGGGACGGGGAAAGGCAGCACCGGCCUCCGCUAUUCCGCUCCAGCCAGCGCCAGCGCCACAAGGACCACCUGCCGCUGCUCUCCACCCGCUCCACAGCUGGCCCCUAUGACCCCGACAGCUACGCCCGCCUUGUCUCAGCCACCAAGAAGAUGCUGGGCACCCACCAUGGAGCCAGCUCCGAGCAAGCAAGACCGCUGCUCCCAGCACGCUCCCGGCAAAACAGCACUCUGGGAGGGAUGUAGAGGCCUGCUGGCCACUGGACUGCAUGCCUUGGGGUGGCAAGGAGGGUGUCCCUGUUGAAGGACUGCACCACGUUCAUAAAAACUGGAGUGAGGCUGUGAGCACAGGAGGCGGCUGGCCGUCACACAGGAUCAUCUGCCUCUUGCCCCCCAGACGUUUGGGGCUACUAUGGCUGAUAGGAGUUAUAGUCAAAAACACCUGGAGGGCGCCAGGUGGCCAACGCCUGCUUUUUUGGACUCUCCUCUCUCCGUCCUGCAGGGAAAGAGCCACUGCAGCCCUACCCUCAGUGCCUUCUAUAGGUUCUGGUGGCCCCAAGCACUUCUAAUAAAAAACUGCGUGACACCUUUGUA